ACAGCCCAUCCGCUUAGAUCGCUCACACACACACACACACACACAGACACACACAGACACACACACACGCCCCCAUCCACGCGCAAUCGGUCUACUUGUUUCCCGCCGGCUGGACCUCCCGCAUGCCUGAGUCAGUGCGUGGAGGCGAGACUAGCCUACUGUACCGCCAGCACUCGUGCGGCGAGGAGUUGCUUGCAGCGCAGACUAGACAGGGUACCAGUCGGGAAGGACGCCGCACGACGUGGACAAAACAGACCAUCGGUCGAUAUAUGUUCUCCCGCGUGGAUGGAUGGGCAGAGAGAGAAAACAACCCGAACCUGUGGUGCAGAACAGACUUUUCAGGUUACCUUCGAUUCAACGCAUUUUAUUGACGGUCUGUCCUCCCUGGUCCUGGAUCCAGAGCUCACUGCCUCCCCCUGGCCCCAGACGACCCCCCCCCCCACAACCAGGCACCAUGACCCAGGAGGGGCAGGGACCACACCAGACUGAACCCACUACACCCCCAGACAUCCAGGGGGUGACCCCAGCUCACCCUUCAGAGGAGUCAGCCACAGACCAAGGGCUGGAGGGGCUAGGUCUGGAGGUGAAGGUGGAGGGGAUAGAGGGGACCAAUGAGGAGGAAGGGGAGGGAAGUGUUACGGUAGAAGGGGAAGUACACAGAGAACGAGAAGGUGGGGAAAGUGGAAAGGGAGAGGGUGAUGAGGUAGGUGAGGGAGUGGAACAAGUGAUGCAGGGAGAAGGAGAGGUGCAUGAAGAGAGAGAGAGUAUGGCAGAGACAAGUGAUGAAGAAGAUGGGCUGGGGGAUGAGAGGAUAGAUUCAGAGGAUGGUCAGACAGAUGGAGAACUAGAGAGAGUGGAGGAGGUGGAGAAGGAGGGGGAUAACAUGAACACAGAGGCCACAGAUGAGGCAGAACCAGCCUGCAAGCCCAGCUGUGAGGAGGAGGAGGAAGGAGAGGAGGAGGAGUUAACACCACCACCACCACCACCUGAGAACCAGGAAGAGGACCAGGACUUACCAGACCCACCGCAGUCUCUGGACAUAAUCAGAUCAGUACAACAGACGCUGGAGAACGGGAUAGGACCUGAGAACGGAAUCGAAGGGCAUGAAGAGGAGGAUGAUGAAGAGGAUGAAGAUGAGGUAGAAGGAUGCGGCUUAGUAGAGGUCAUCCAGGAACACCUGGACACGUUCAGCUCCACCUUCGAGUGUUCCGUAGAGCUGGCGGACACAGAGGUGGAGGAAGAGGAGGAGGAGGAGGAGGGGGAUGGGGAUGGGAGAGGUAACCAGGACAGUUUCAGCUCUGUGUUUGAACGCAUCGUGGAGCACGUUGUGGCCAUAGAGAGGGAGGAAGAGGAAGAUGAGGAAGAGGGGGAGAAGAACACGGUGGACAACAAGGACGGCUUCAGCUCGACGUUUGAGCGUAUCGUUGAGUCUGCGCUUCUCCGCGGGGGAACGUGCUACAGUAGUCUGGACUCUCUGGAUGUCCUGUCACUCACAGAUGAGACAGACAGCUGCGUCAGCUUCGAGGCGCCACUCACACCCCUUAUUCAGCAGAGGUCCUUCCUUCAGAGCCCUGAGCCACUGGAGCUAGAACUAGCCACCGUCAUGGAGCAGGAGGGGAGUGAGGCUGGAACCGAGGCCCAGCAAGGAGAGCCUGAGGCUGGGGAGAGUGCUGCAGGGCCUGGGCCUGGACCUGGAGGAAGCCCACUAAGGACCACCAUCACCGGGACGAGGUCAGAGUUUGUACUGAGCCAGCCUGGCCGGUGGGACAUCCCUAAUGGGUUUCAUACAGACACCCAGGGGGGAGUGGAGGGCUCUGGAGCCAUACCCAACUCAAUGAGUGAUGCCAACCUCCUCACGGACGUGCUGUCGGACUCAGAGUCGGAGCUGGGCGGCCUGGAGCAGCUAGAAAGAAGCAGCACGGAAACCCUGGCCAACGGUUGCCGUGCCGACUGCGACGCCGCCAAACGCCUGGCCAAGCGUCUGUUCUACCUGGAGGGCUUCAGACGCUGCGACGUGGCACGCCACCUGGGCAAGAAUAACGACUUCAGCCAGCUGGUGGCGUCAGAGUACCUCAGCUUCUUUGACUUCUCUGGCCUGUCAUUGGACAAGGCCCUGAGGAACUUCCUGAAAGCCUUUCCUCUGAUGGGUGAGACCCAGGAGAGGGAGAGAAUCCUGGUCCACUUCUCUAAGAGGUUCUGUGUCUGCAACCCCACAGCCCUCGCCCCCGAUGGCAAAGACAGAUCCAAACGGGAUGAUGAUGAUGAAGAAGAUGAUGACGGAGCCCAUACGUUAACCUGCGCCCUAAUGCUGCUCAACACUGAUCUACAUGGACACAACAUUGGGAAGAAGAUGUCUUGCCAGCAGUUCAUCAGUAAUCUGGAUGGCCUAAACGAUGACAAGGACUUCCCUAAAGACCUGUUAAAGGUGCUGUAUAAUUCAAUAAAGAACGAGAAACUUGAAUGGGCAAUUGAGGAAGAGGAGUUCAGGAAGAGUCUAUCGGAGCUGGUGGAGGAGCAGUAUGAGGGAGGGGGGAAGAGGGGGGUUGCCAGGGUAACGGAUGGCAAUAACCCUUUCAUUGCCAUCCCCAUCCUACCCAACGCUGUCACCUAUAAACACGGUGUCCUGUCCCGCAAGAGCCACGCAGACAUGGACGGCAAACGCACCCCACGAGGACGACGAGGCUGGAAGAAGUUCUAUGCGGUUCUAAAGGGGAUGAUCCUUUAUCUACAGAAGGAUGAGUAUAAGGCUGAUGCAGAGCUGUGUGAGGGGGACCUGAAGAACGCUGUGCGUAUCCACCAUGCGUUAGCCACCCGCGCUACAGACUACAGCAAGAGACCCAACGUCCUCAAACUAAAGACCUCUGACUGGAGAGUGUUCCUGCUGCAGGCACCGAGUGAAGAGGAGAUGAUGUCGUGGAUAUUCCGUAUUAACCUGGUAGCAGCUCUGUUCUCCGCCCCGGCCUUCCCUGCUGCCAUUGGCUCCAUGAAGACGUUCUGUAGACCUCUACUGCCCUCCUCCUCUACCCGGCUAAACCAGGAGGAUCAGCUGCAGUCCCACGAGGGGAAGCUGAAGCAGAUGAGUGUGGAGGUGGAGGAGCACAGGAAGAACCUUCCCUCGCCUUCUCCCAAGAGCAGAGAGUGGGAGGAGUAUCGAAUCAAAGAGCACUACCUCAUAUAUGAGAAGAGUCGGUACGAGACGUAUAUCAACCUGCUCCAGGCCAAGAUGAGGGCAGAGACAGACGACCUGGAGAAGAUAGAGGCUAGCGUGAUGAGCGGGAUUGGGGAGGGCCGAGGGGGGCGCGAGGGAUACCUCCGGAAGACCCAGUCCUCUCCUUCCAUCAGCCAGCACGAUGUCAAUGGCAGGGCCUCUGGACGCACUGGCCCGGGCCAGCAGAGUUGAGAGGAGAACCCCCUAAAGAAUAUAAUGCACCCCCCCGUAACUCUGUCCUCUGAGCCAGAGGGCUCUCCCCUCCAAACGCCUGAGAACUGGACCCCCAAAUCCUCCCUCCUUCCUAUUUCAUUGCACAGUAAAGCAGUAAUAAUUGUUCCAGCUAUACAGUAUUAAUGGUGUUAUUUAACCAACAGCUAAUUGUCGCUGGCAGUGCUUAUAAGAACACUUAUAAUGGAGAACAUGAAGAUGUGGAAAAAAGGACAAAAGAGGAGAGAGGACUUACCGGCAUAAAGUGCGGAGUGUAGUUUUUUGGUUUGAGGUGGAUGGUGGAUUUCAGGGUGGAGGGGUACAGUAGCAUAGUAGUAGGGCGACAAGUAGCCUAGCAGUUAAGAGAUUUGGGCCAGAAUCCCGAGCAGACUAGGUGAAACAUCUGUUAAUGUGCCCUAGAGCAAGGCACUUAACCCAUAAUUGCUCCUGUAAGUCGCUCUGCAUAAGAGCAUCUGCUAAAUGACUAAAAUGUCAAAUAUACACUACCAUUCAAA